AUGAAGCUUUUGCUUGGCCUUUUGUUGAGCGCCGCUAACGCGUAUUUUGUGGAAGUCGAUGCGCACAAAGAAGAGUGCUUCCACGAAAAAGUCUCUGCCGGCACAAAGCUUGGUUUCACUUUCGAAGUCGCAGAAGGAGGCUUUUUGGACAUCGACGUCUCCAUUACCGGACCAGACUCUAAGGUCAUUCAUCAAGGAGAGCGAGAAUCAAAUGGGCGGUACGAAUUCGCCGCUCACAUCGAGGGGCAAUACAAUUUCUGCUUGAGUAACAAAAUGAGCACAAUGACUCCAAAGAUUGUUAUGUUUGAUAUUAAUGUUGGAAACGCACCUGCAGAUAUUAGCGAGGGAGACAUUACUGAAGAACACUCGAAACUCGAAUCAAUGAUGGCCGAGCUCUCGCAAGCCAUGCAAACAGUGAAGCACGAGCAAGACUACAUGGAAGUCCGAGAGCGCAUCCAUCGCGCGGUCAACGACAACACGAACUCGCGAGUCGUCAUGUGGGCCUUUUUCGAAUCCGUCGUGCUCGUCUCAAUGACACUAGGACAAAUUUACUACUUGAAACGAUUCUUCGAGGUCCGAAGAGUUGUCUGA